AUGAGUAGUUUACCAAAAUAUAAACUUUUAGAUAAAGAAAAAACAAAGGAGAUGUUAGAAAAAUUCACCGGUGAACGAACUGGUUGGGUUCAAGUUGGUGAAAAAAAAUGGUUUUUUCCGCACCGUUAUAUUGAACAGCAAGAGGGUUUUUAUAAUUUCAAAGCUAGACUGGAUGAUACCUGGGUAAUUACCUAUCCCAGAUCAGGGACUACAUGGACUCAAGAACUUGUCUGGCUGUUGAAAAAACAAGAAUUGUGUAAAAAAAUUACAAUACCAGGAUAUGAAGUCUUAAACGGUAUGCCAUCGCCUCGAUUUAUAAAAUCACAUUUUCCUCUGAGUUUAUUACCUGGAAUAUUAGACGUAGGCUGUAAAAUAAUUUACGUCGCCCGGAAUCCUAAAGAUGUUGCUGUGUCUUGGUAUCAUUUAAAUCAAGCUAUUAAAACUCAAGGUUAUAACGGCAACUUUGAAGAAUUUUGGAAUUAUUUUCAAGAUGAUCUAACACCGUGGAGUCCUUAUUGGGAACAUUUAAAGGAAGCUUGGGCUCAACGACAUCAUCCAAAUUUAUUUUUUAUAUUUUACGAAGAAAUGCAACAGAAUUUUUUCCAAACUGCUUACAAAGUUGCCGAAUUUCUUGGAAAAUCUUACAGUGAAAAAGAAAUGUGCAAACUAUCAGAUUAUCUUAAUAUAAAAAAUUUCCGUAAUAAUCCAAUGGUUAAUUCUUCGGAAUUACGUGAUUGUCAUAUUAUAGCUGAUGGAGGUUUUGUUAGAAAUGGACAAAGUGGUGUCUGGAGCAAUACAUUUAGUCCGAAGCUUGAAGCUAAAGCAGACGCUUGGAUAAAAAAAAAUUUACAAGAUACAGAUCUUGUUUUUCCUUAUUUUAAUAAUAAUAAUAUAUCUCAACUCAUUAAUUAAUUAA